AUGAUUAAGAACUUUGGAAAACUGAAACAGUGGACAGGCGAACGCCUUGGUGCUGCUAAAAUGACACUACAAACGGAGGAUUUUCAACAACUCGAAGCUGACACGGAGCGUAAACGCACUGGUUUUGAAAAGGUGUACUCGGCAUCUGAGCUUGUUCAUGGUCAGCUAUCCAAGAAGAAGCCAUCACCAGAGGACAACAAGACCAAAGUAUACCCUAUUCAAGCUUGGGGUGAGAUGUGGAGCAAUCAUGGCAUGGCCUUCUCGGAAGACUCGCCUUUAGGGGCUGCAUUGAGUAACCUUGGUGAAAUCGAAUCGAGAAUUGCCAUGCUACAAGAUGAGCUUUCCAGCAUUAUCAAAGAUGAUUACAUGGCUACGCUUGAAGUUGGAUUGCAUGAAUACAAGGAAUAUCAGGCACUACGAAAGAAGCUUGAAUCUCGACGCUUGGAUUAUGAUGCCAAAAUGGGAAGAUUGCAAAAGGCCAAAAAAGAGAAACCAGAAUGGGAGCAAGAGAUGCAGGCAUCAAAGCUCAAGUAUGAAGAAACCGAAUAUGAUUUGAUUCAAAAAAUGGUUUACUUGCAGGACUAUGAGGACACCCAUUUGGAAGCAUUACGUCGUGUGCUUGAAGCUCAAUUCACAUACCAUAGUCAAGCAACCGAGUUGUUGAACAACAUGAGAUCCAAUUGGGACAACCAAAUCAAGACUCUUGCACGACAAACAGCACGUAGCCCUUAUACCAAUGGCAGAUCAGUAUCCGCCAGCCCUGCUAGCACACCGCUCUCAUACCAAAAUGAUGAUUACUUUUAUGGAUCAGAAGGAGGUGGCGGAUUGUCUAUGGCACAACAACGAAGACCUAGCGUACGUCAAGGUAGCCAAGAUAGCCUUGGUAUCCAUGCCCCACGCCGUGUGCCUAGUUCAGCAUCUAUUCGCAGCACAAACAGUGAACCAAGACAACCUCCUCCUAUGCCUCGACGUCAAUCACAACAUCAACCAGCUACACGACGAAGGAAAGCAAUGUACGACUUUGAUGGUGAAUCCCUUGAGGAGCUCUCUUUCCGUGCUGGUGAUGUGAUUACUGUUGUGGAAGAAGUGGAUGAAGGAUGGUGGCUCGGUGAAGUAGAGCAUAUUGGACCCAAGCGCCGUGGUAUUUUCCCUGUCAAUUAUACGGAAGAAAUCACCGCCCAUCGUUCACCACCCACACCAGCUCGUCCCGUGAUUCAUGAAGAACCCCAUGAAGAAGAAAUUGCACAAGACCAUUAUUAUCAACAACAACAACAAGUUUAUUCACCACCUGCACCAGCACCACAAGUUCAAGAAGAUUCCCCUUUUAGUGAUCAUCAACCUUCUGCUUAUACAUCACCACCAAGACCUGCUAUGCCAUCUCGUUCGAGUUCAUCUGUUAGCACUCCACCCAUGCCUUCUCGUAGCAGCACGUAUGUUCCUUUGGAUACAAAGCCUACAGCAGCUGCUCAAGCAAGUCGAACUCCUCCACCACCACCAGCUUCACGUGUAUCUCCAAGUGUCUCUAAUUCCACGCGUCGUCCUCCACCUCCUCCCGUUUCAUCCUCAUCUCCACAAUUAUCAACCAGUGGAUCCUCAAUGCGACUUGGUCCACAAGCUCAUGCAAGAGCUGUCACCCCUGCAGCUACGACGAUAAAUGCGGAUGUUCCUGCUCAACCCGAUUGUCACGAGUGUGGAUGUGAUGACUUUAGCCCCAAUGUCUUCAAAAAAGGUCAUUGCAAUAAUUGUUUCCAUAAACAUCAGUAA